ACAAGUGUUAGCAUGUUCAUUUCUGAUCGAAUUUUAAUCGAAAGCUUGCUACAGUGUAAUUUGAACCCCAAGGGGACAGAUUUUUUUUCACUAUUCCUUCCUACAACAGAAUGUGAUGUAUAAGACCUGUUUUAUUUUUUUUCAGUAUCAUCAAUAUUAUGACCAGUCAGGUGGUCUCCACAGGCAGGGAAUGCUGUGUUGCUUCAUGUUUCAACAAGGAAUAUCAGGUGGAUGGCACAAAGUCACAAAUACAUUUCUUCCACAUUCCAAAGGUCGUUCUCCAAACUAGAAAACUUAAGGAUGAAUGGUGUAACCUAAUUAAACGCAGAGAUGGGAAAGAUAAUUUUCAUAUGACUGAGUCCACUGUUAUUUGUUCUGAGCAUUUUAAUAAGGAAAGGGAUAUCAAAAUUUCUAUUGGUACAAAGAGAUGGAAUCUUCUUCCUGGUGUUCGACCUACAGUGUUUAGCUGGACCAAGCAAGUGACUCGACGAAAGCCACCAAUAAACAGGAUUCCGUUUAAGGUCAUUGAUGAAAACGAAAGUACUGGCUAUGGGGACACCACUCACCAUCCAAGUGGUGGCACUUUGUCGGAACAUCAUGAAGAGGAAUCUGGUGUUGGCAUUCAGACUGAACCGAUGUUGACUGUUGACACGGGAACACAGACAGAAUGGUUAGACUCUGGGGAUCACAGAUAUUCAGCUGAUAUGUGUGGGGGAGUUAGUACCAAUAUUCAAGCUUUAGAUGAUGAAGUGAACAUUCUUAAGGAAAAACUUGAGGAAAGUAACCUUGUUAUAGAACAAUUAAGUAUACAACUGAGUGAAUUUGAGAUCAACCAGUUUUCAUAUGAAAAAAUCAAGGAAGACUCCAAAGCUAUGCAGUUUUAUACUGGAUUUCAGAACAAGGGAAUAUUUGAAUCUGUUUUCCUUUAUCUUGAAAAAAAGGCAGAAAAAUUACAGUAUUGGAGAGGUCAAAGUGAGGUUUCUGAAACAAAACUGUACCAGUCCAAAGGCAGUAAACCUGGACAGAAAAGAAAGCUGAGUUUGAAAGAAGAAUUUUUCAUUGUUUUAUUACGUCUGAAAGUUGGACUGUUUGUGCGGGAUAUUUCUGAACGUUUUAACAUUUCACAGGGUCAGUUCUCCAAAGUAUUUACAACCUGGGUUAACUUUCUCUAUCACGAGCUUCCAAUCAUGUUCCCUUUUCCAUCCAGAGAGCUCAUUAGAGAAAAUCUACCAGAUUCUUUCAAACCAUAUCCCUCAACUAGAAUCAUCUUAGAUUGCACAGAAGUAUUUGUCGAAGUGCCAUCAGCAAUGCUAGCACAAUCGGAGACGUGGUCUAACUACAAACAUCACAAUACGUACAAAGUACUUGUAGGUGUAAGUCCCAACGGAGUUGUCACGUUUGUAUCAGAACUAUGGGGUGGUAGAGUUUCUGACAAAAUGAUUACCAAAGAAAGUGGGGUGCUGGACUUGCUGGAGUCUGGGGACAAUGUUAUGGCAGACAGGGGCUUCGAGAUUGCUGACAUUCUUCCUGCUGGAGUAGCUCUGAAUAUUCCGCCAUUCAAGGGAAAUAGGAAGCAGCUUUCAGCAAAGGAAGUGGACGACACUAUGAAUAUUGCUGCUGUUCGAAUCCAUGUUGAGCGUGCAAUAGGCAGGAUUAAGAACUACCAUAUUUUAGAUGGAGUGUUGCCAUUAAGUUUGAAGCAUAUUAGUAGCCAGAUGUUUUUGGUUGUAGCAUACUUGACCAAUUUCUUACCACCAUUAGUGCCCCCUGGAAAAUCUUAAUUUGCAUUUACAAACAGGAUUGGAAUUUAGAUGUUGAAUUUGCUUGAUAUUACCAGAUAAUGUCCUGUAAACUGUAAAGUAUCUUGAACUUACAAAUAUCUGGAAGUUAUAAAUUGUAUAGUUUAUGAUGUUAAUAACUAUUUUGUAUUCUCUUUUUGUGCAUGUUAAGAAAAAAGAAUACAAAUUCAGUUGCCAAGGCAAAUUAUAUAUGUUUAACUAUAUGGGUUUCCUGUUCCAACAUUUUCAGAGCAUUUAAGUAAAUAGGCAAAAUAAUCUAAUAUCAUGAAUGAUUAUAUAUGCAUUGCUAUAUAUUGUGCUGAUUCAUUGAAUUUGUCAGAAACAGAAAUGCUUUUCUUAUCUCAAUUUAAUAAUCAAUGAUACAGGUAUUUGUAUGGUUAUUGGUUAACGAUGGAUUGAAAGUACAUUUAUAUAUGUAUAUAUUGUAGGCAAUUUCAAAAGUAAUUUUUUGCAAGUCAUUUAAACAUUUCAACCUUUUCAUGGUUAUGAUUCUGAACUUGGAUUGUGAUUGUUUUAUUUACAAAGUUAUUCACUCUAGUGAUUUAGAUAAUACUGUGGCACUUUUACACUAAUGUGUUUUAAACAUUAUCCUUUAUAGAAAUAGAUUUGCCUAAAAAAAUAAUAGAUUGUAAUUUUUUUUAAACCAAUCAGUGUUAGAACCAAUUAUGAAUAGACGAAUGACAUUGAACGGAUACCCACCACUAAUUUCUGCUUGAUAUAUAUUUCUAUGUGAUGAGAUAGCAGGGGUCGAUUCAUACAAGAGUUAAAACCAAAAAGUUCAAUAUGAUCAUGAUAGUUAAUAGCUAGUGACUUGCUUUCAAAUUAUUCCAAUUUGGGUGAAGGGUUAAACCUCUCUGGACUCUCCGUGUUAAUAACUCGGGAAUAAAUGCCCACUUGUAAAAGAAAUCUAGUGAUGGGAGGUAUGUUCUGUACCAUUUUUCCUCAUCAAAUUCAAUUCUUUCAGUAAAAAUGUCCUGUUCAGGUCCAAACCAAACCACAAAAUCAACAAACUCCAUUUUUGUCACAAAUAGCUGGCCCUGGAUUUGAAUAUAGUAAUUAUGAUUUGUUUUCAGUUUGAUCUUUCCAGAUUCAUCUUCUUCUAAAUAGAAUGUUUUUGUUUUGCAAGCCUCUUUAGCAGACUUACCACGUUGACUAAGAGGGCACUUGCAUUCCAGUCCUCCAUAGGUUCCUUUGCUACCGAUGACUAUUCCAUCAAGACUUGCACCAUAACCAGGUCUCUCUUUUGACAUAAAGAUGCCAGACUUUUGAACCUUAACAUGUUCUUUUUCAUCACAAAUUAGUUUGAUGUACAUAGCGAUUGCAUCUUCUUCAUGAUCUUUUCCAUAUUGAAGAUAUUUUGAGGACGGAUUAUCAUACAACAUAGAUUUUAGCAGUCCAUUAGGAUUUUUUGAACAUUUUACAAUCCUUCCGAAGUUUGAUGCGGUCAUUUUACAUUCAUGUAGUUCUUUCCAUAGAUCAUUUUCUGCCUGUAGUUUUGUAUGGAUUUCAAUAUCAUUGAUAAGUUCAUGUGUAAUUGUUUCAUUUUCUACAAUAUGUGUUACAUAUCUGGCUACAAAAUCUUCAUCUAUUGCAACAUCAUCAGAUAUAUUAUAGUUUUCUUUAACGACAGAAAUGUUAGACAUAAUAUUAGGUAACACAUCAACUUCAUUGUUACAAAGGUCCUGCUCAGUUUCAAUAGACACAUCCUCGACAACAUCUAAACUUUCAAUAGAGUCAACAAAAUCAACUUCUUCAGACACAUGCAUACUGGUAUGUAAUUCAGCCGGUUCUUUGUGAAAUAGAAAGUACCCGGAAGAUGGAGCACACUCUGUAAUGUUUUUGUACAAAAUGUCUAGGUCAUUAACAUCAGCUGUGCGGUGUUGUGGAGCCCUUGGGUCGAAUAUGCUACUUUGGUUAUAUACUUUCUUGGAUGAAUCUAUUCCAAACUGUAUUUUUUCAAUAUUGAUGUUUUUUACAGGUUUAGGAGGUACAGACAAAUUUCUUGGAACUAUCCAGCCAUUCAGUUUACUGGUACAUGAUACUUUGCUUGGGUUAGUGUGUAAUCCACUGGUAUAAAAGCUGUUAACAGCAAAAAGUACUCCUCCUAUGUGGUUGCAUUUGCCUUGUCCAAGAAUACCUAGCCUGUGGGUAAAGAAUAAUUGUUAUAAACAUUUCAGUUAAAUAACUUGUAGCUGUAUAUAUUUUUCUGCUGUGUUGCAGUAUAUAUCAAUUCAUAUUGUAGAUAUGACUAGACAGCACAUAAUAAAUGUGAUCUUAAAACUA